AUGAGUGAUAACCAAGAUUAUUUACCUAACCAUCUACAAGAUGACGAAGAAUAUAAUACUGAUAAUACUAACUUUAAUGGUGAAGAUGAGAACCAAGAUCACCAAAUACAAUCCAUUCGAUUACCAUUACAAUCACGAAAAAGAGGAGCACCUUUAUCAUUUGUAUGGGAAUACUUUGAUAAAAACACAGUAGAAUAUCCUGUUCGUCCUGUUUGUCAAAUAUGCAAAGCUUUAUUUGCAGCAACAACAGGAACAUCAACUUUGAGACGACACUUAGACAUACACAAAAUCAUUGUACCUAAAAAACGUCAAAGAACUUUAUAUGAAUACCGCACUGAUCCUCAUCCUGAAAGUGAGCAACAAGAACGUGAUAAAUUUGUUGCUAUUUGGAUUGUAUGUGAUGCUCAACCUUUUAGUAUUGUUGAAUGUGAAGAAUGGCAACAAAUAAUUUCCAAGUUUGAUCCAAGAUAUUGA